AUGGAACAGUUGCGCACACCAACAACGCCCUGUCGACCAAGAGUAACGCGUGAACAACAACAACAACAACAACGACCACAACUACAACUUCAACAACAACCACAACAACAACAACAACAACGACCACAACUACAACUUCAACAACAACAACCACAACUACAACUACAACAACAUCGUCUACAUCCUCAACCACAGCAACUACAACGUCAACAACAACGACAUCAACUACGACAUCAACUACGAGCAGUACUACUUCGACAUCAAGUAGUAGCAGUUCCUCGACCACUACAAGUACAAGCACGACAUCUAGAACGACAACAACGGCGUCAACAUCGACCACCAGAUCAACCACGUCUGCCACCACCACAACCCAAACGACAACGACCACGACCAGAUCGACCACGAGUACGUUUCUAA